AUGACAAUAAUUAAAUCAAAUAAAAAUUCAAAAAAAAUCUUCGAUUGUUUUUAUGCUGAUAUAAUUGAUGAUCGUGAUCCAAAUGAUAGACGUACGUUUCAAACAAAUUAUUUAACACCUUAUUGUCGACGUCCAUUAUCAAUUGAUCCUAUUAAUAAAAUACAAGGACAUAUAGAAAGUACAUACACAUUUAAAAACGUACGUUUACGAGGAAUUAUAAGUGAAGAUCUUCUUCAAUGGUCACUAUUAAUUGAUAUAAUUGGGCAAUAUUCUAUAUAUCUCAUUAAAAAUGAUACCGAAUUUGAUGAAUUUAUUUUUAAUAAUUGUUCGUCAUUAUGA